UCUCUUCACAAUGAUUCGAGUUAAACGUUGUCGAUUUUCUGCAAUUUUUGCCUUAAUUAUCUCUUUGUUAAUCAUGGCGGCCAAUUUUAAUUCCGUUGUGGCACCACCAGGUGCAAAUCCGGGUAAAAAAUGGGACAAAGGUUGGGACAACGAUUGGAAUGAAUAUAAUGGAGAAAGUGGAGAUUCAACUUUAUCACCAGGGAGCAGCGAAACCUUGAUUAAUCAAUCAAAUAAAGGAGUUGCAAUUUUGAGCCCAAACAUCAAUGGUGUGGAGUUAGCUGCUGUACUUGCAUUAUUAUGGUCAGAAGCAUCAAACAAUACGGCAAAUCAGGCUGGUUAAAAAUCCUGAAUUGUAGCUGAAAACGCCUACAACUGAAGGACAUUGCUGUGGAAAAUUAUUCAAAAAUGUUUAAUAAAUGAAUAAAAGAAAUAAAAUUUCUUGACAAAGUUAAGAUAAAAGUUAC